AUGGGCAGUUUCCAUGAGCCGUGGGGUCGUCUCGUCAUUGGUGGUUGGGCGUCCGCUCCCUCCUCGCAUAGCGGGCACCGGGGACGAAGCACCUUGGGGUCACGAUUGCAACAACGAUGGUCGUCGUGUAGCUGCCAGUGGAUAGCUGGCAGAAGGGGCGAUGGGAAAGUGGGCGUGGGUUGGGAAUUGGGCGGUACAUGGGCUUCUGCUGUCGAGAGGUUGGUCAGGUGGGCCAUCGAGCAGCCAGAGCAUUACGCACCUCGACCUCCCAGUAGCAGCCAUGCCACUGUUGUCCCCAGCCAUCCCUCGCCAUAUACCGCCUCAACGAUCCAAUCGUUCUACCCAAGCACCCCGCGGCCUACAAGCGCCCAUCGACGAGGACGACUGUUCGCGAACGGCCGUGUGGUCGAGUCGGUUGUGUUCGAGAAAGACGUGGUCGCCGACGAGCUGGAAGAGGGAUACGCGGACGAUGGUGGGGACUAG